CCAUUUUCUCUGUAAAAUCGAAAGCAGGGAAGGAGCCGUGACGCUCAGAACAGCGACCUCAACCGAGACGCGCAGGGAAGCCGCAGAAACAUCAACUAUGGCGCUGUCAACUGUCCUCGAAACUCCCGGAGCUGGGUUUAAUUUUGAAAACGCGACGAGAAAUGCUGCGUUAGAGGGUCUCUUUGGAGGAGGACAGACACCAAAACCUCUGAAAACUGGCACUACGAUAGCAGGAGUUGUGUUUAAGGAUGGAGUUGUUCUUGGAGCCGACACUAGAGCCACAUCCAGCGAAGUGGUAGCUGACAAGAUGUGUGCCAAGAUCCAUUAUAUUUCCCCAAAUAUAUAUUGCUGUGGAGCAGGAACAGCAGCAGACACAGAGAAAACCACAGAUCUUCUGUCAUCCAACCUCUCCAUCUUCUCACUGAACAGUGGGAGAAACCCUCGUGUUGUCAUGGCUGUGAACAUCCUGCAGGAUAUGCUGUACAGGUAUCACGGUCAGAUUGGUGCCAACCUGAUACUAGGAGGAGUGGACUGUACUGGUAACCACCUGUACACUGUUGGUCCAUAUGGAGAUAUAAAUAAGGUCCCUUACCUUGCAAUGGGUUCUGGUGAUCUGGCUGCUCUUGGCAUUUUAGAAGAUGGGUUCAAACAUAAUCUAGAGCUGGAGGAGGCAAAGGAGUUGGUGCGAGCGUCCAUCCACGCUGGCAUCAUGAGUGACCUGGGCUCAGGCAACAACACUGACAUCUGUGUCAUCACCAAGCAAGGAGUGGACUAUAUCAGACCCUACCAGGAGUCAGAGUACAAGGACAAGAGGAAUAUUAAAUAUCGAUAUCGCCCGGGCACAACUCCAGUCCUGACAGAAAAAGUAGUCACCUUGAAGCUGGAAGUUGUACAAGAAGCUGUGCAGAAGAUGGACACUGCCUAAACUAC